UCACAGAGCGCGGAGACGGAGAAGAGAUAGCGAGCACCGAACGAUGGCGACGGCGACGGCGACGGCGACGGCGACGAAGAGGAAGCAUCUCUCCUCCAUUGCGAACGACGUCGUGCACAGAUGCGCGCUGCAAUUAGGCACUUCUGUCGAUAGAUUUGUGGAAGAGUUUGAACCUGAGUGGAAGCCCGAUUCAGUCGGUUAUUCUAGAAAGUUCGUGGAGUUUUGUAGCUCAAAGGCUAUUAUCGACAUGUGUCCGAGCAUAGGUGGAAAGAUAAGUGAUGGAUCUUUCAGCCGGUUGACAUUCGACAUGAUGCUUUCAUGGGAAAUGCCCAGUUCUGCUGAUGAGGAGCCUGUACUAGAGUCCGUGGCGAAAGAGAAAGAAGAGAAGAAACGAGUGGUAAAAGUGCCUCAGGAACAGGAUGAGAUCCCUCUAUUCUAUUCAGACAUUAUGCCGCUACUUGUUGACCAUGCGCCUGAUGUUGGAGAAGAUGCAUUUGUGUGGUUGGCAUCCCUGUUUCCGCUGGUUGCAGACAUAGCCAAUGGGAGAUUUACCUUUGAAACUCUUACAGCACCUACAGGAAAUCGUCUCCAUUUUCCUGCAUAUGAUAAAUAUCUGAAAGAGAUUGACAAAUGCAUUAGGUAUUUGCAAAAACAGGAGGUGCCAAAGGGUGUUGACCUAGCGGAUGACGAAUUAAUUUUGCAUGUCGAAGGAACUGCAAGCACACAAAGAGUAGUUCGUCAUAUUGGAGGAAAGAGCUGGCCUGGUAGACUCACCUUAACAAAUUAUGCUCUCUACUUCGAGGCUUCGGGAGUCAUUUCGUAUGAAGAUGCAAUUAAGAUUGACCUCUCAAAGGAAGCUGAACACACUGUGAAACCUGCUGCUACAGGGCCCUUCGGGGCUCCACUUUUUGACAAGGCUAUGGUGUACGAGUCCCCUGAACUAUCAGAGGGAAUUAUUCUGGAGUUUCCAGAGAUAACAAGCUCUACAAGACGUGACCACUGGCUAGCGCUUACAAAGGAGAUAAUGUUGAUGCACAAGUUUUUAUCCAGACAUAAGGUGGAGAGCCCAUCACAAGCGUGGGAACUACAUUCGCGGACAAUAUUGGGGAUCGUAAGGCUCCAUGCCGCAAGAGAGAUGCUGAGGAUAUCACCUCCUCUUCCCAGAAAUUUCUUGAUUUUUGCUUUGUUUGAUGAGUUACCAAAGGGUGACUAUGUGCUUGAAGAGCUGGCGGAGAGCCUAAAGAAGGAUGGAAGCAGACAACCAUGCAGUGCUAGUUCGAUAUUGAGGACUAUUAACAUGUCAAUAUUGAGGCUCCCAGAUACGGAAGUUGAAGAAGUGGGCAAGGCAUGUACCGCGGCUAGUGUCCAAGAAGACAACUACUUCUCAUUGAAGACAGCAAUCAACAAGGUUAGAGAGGAAGCAAGAGAAAUUGAAAUUGCAAAGGCUACCACGGAGGGGAGGAAAGAGGAAGGGAUCGGUGAUGGUGCCGCUGUUCUUAUGGAACUCUUAAAGCGACUUAAAGACGCCGUCCUGCCCAAAUUUCAAGAAAUACUAACAUGGCAAAGGCCAAUGACAACCCUCACCGUAAUUGCAGCAGCUCUUGUGAUAAUUUAUAUGGAGUGGAUCAAUAAGGCUAUAGCAGCUGGCUUGUUUUGGCUUGUAUUGAAGAUGCUCCAUGUGAGGAAAGAGAGGAAAGAAUACCAAAGAGAGGAGAUUGUAAUUUGCACAGCGUCUGAUCAGAGUACGGUGGAGAGCAUAGUAUCAGCUCAGCGUGGGCUACAAACAGUCCAUGAGAUGGUGCAGAAAGUAAACAUCACACUGUUAAAACUCCGGUCGAUAUUUCUUGGGAGGUCUCGUAAGCAUGCUGAGAUGGUGAUGAUGGCAACGUGCGCCGUGGCCAUUGUAAUAGCAGCGAUACCGCUGAAGUACAUCUUUAUGGGAGCCACAUUGUAUGGUUUCAUGGCGACAUCGAAGUGGGGGAAGCGCUCACAAGACGACCGUACGAAGAGACGGCUCAACGAAUGGUGGGACUCCAUAUCGGCUGUGCCUGUGCGCAUCGUCGACAAAGCUGAGGACUGUCCUGUCGACGACAGUAAGCUCUCGUAGUAUCGAUGAGCGCUCGCAUCUUCUCAUCACUGCUUGAAUUUCAAAGAUUCCGAUCUUGAAACACCCGCUCUUUUUACGGGUUGCUAUGUGUAUAAUGCAAGCAAGCAUGAGCAGAUCUUCCUUCUAGCGACAACGAUGCUUUUUAUGAGUCCUUUUAGUAUCAAAACAUGUGUUUGUCCUCGAAGUAUGGAGAAUUGCAAACAUGCGUUCCUAUUUAGCAUGUGAUAAAGAGUAUUGUUAAAGAAA